UCUCCACCUUUCUCUUUUUUUUCCCUCAGAUUCCAUUAGCCAUCAAAAGUUUCACAUACAUUCUCUCUGCUCAAAACUCUUUUCUUUCAGUGCUUAAAGAAAAAAUAGGGCUUUCUUCUCUUUUAUUGUUACUUUUUGGCUCAGCAGUGCAGCUUUAAUAAACUAAAUGGGGAGACAUUCUUGCUGUUACAAACAAAAGCUGAGAAAAGGGCUUUGGUCUCCUGAUGAAGACGAGAAGCUUCUCAACCACAUCACCAAUCACGGUCAUGGCUGCUGGAGCUCUGUUCCUAAACUUGCCGGUUUGCAGAGAUGUGGUAAAAGUUGCAGACUGAGAUGGAUCAAUUACUUGAGACCUGAUUUAAAGAGAGGAGCUUUCUCUCCAGAAGAAGAGAAUCUCAUCGUCGAGCUUCAUGCAGUCCUUGGAAACAGAUGGUCACAGAUUGCAGCUAAACUUCCGGGAAGAACCGACAACGAGAUCAAGAAUCUAUGGAACUCAAACAUAAAAAAGAAACUGAAACAAAGAGGCAUUGAUCCAAACACACACAAACCCAUCUCUGAAGUUGACAAAGACAAACCAACAACAAGCAGCACCGACCACAUGUCUCUUAGUUCCUCCUCUGCAGCUAACCAAGACUUCUACCUCCAAAGGCCAUCUGAUUUCUCCGACUACUUUGGUCCUCAGAAGCUUGUCUUCAACUCCAACCUCGGACUCUCCGUUGAUUCUUCCCUCUGCUCCAUGAUUCCGGUGCAGUUUAUCCCCGGAAACAAGGUUGGUUCUGUUUUUCAGACACCCUCUUGUGUUAAGCCUUCAAUUAGUCUUCCUCCGGACAACAGUUCGAGUACUGAUCAUGCAGCACCUAACUGGGAGUUUCAGACAAACAACACUUCAAGUUUGACCGACAAUGGCGGUUUCACAUGGUCGGUCCCAGAUUCUUCUCCUUCUCUUGUUAAACCUAAUCAUAACUUCGAGGAAUUGAAAUGGUCAGAGUAUUUGAACACACCGUGCUUCAAUGGGAGCACUGUACAUAGUCAAAUCUCUCUACCGAUCUUCAUCAAAUCAGAGGCAGAUUACUUAGCCAAUGUUUCAAGCUUGGCAGAUCCUUGGAGCCAAAGCCAGAACGAGAAUUUGAACACACCCGAAGCUAGUGACGUGUUCUGCAAGGAUCUUCAGAGAAUGGCUGUCUCUUUUGGUCAGUCCCUUUAGGUUUUAUUUUUUUCUUAACUCUUUAACGGAUGUAUAGAGCAAAAAAUAUACAAUACAUACGUACGUACAGUGGAUUUUUAAGUGUUCUCAUGGGUGUCUUUAUUUCUAGUUUAAGUGUGUUUCAUACGUCAAAUAUUCUUCUUUCUUUUGCAAUUUUUUCACUCUCAUACUACUGUAUAUACUUUUCAUUUGGUUAUAAAGAUUAUGAUAUAUGGAUU